CUAAAAAAAGAAGUUAGUCUCAAAAGUAAAUUCUGUGUUUUAUGCGCGUAAUUUUUUACUGUUGGUCCAGCAUACAAAUUGCGAACAAAAAACGUAUUUUUCGUUAUUCAUGCCACGGUAACACUUCACAUCAAUAACACGUGCAAUUGCACGGUUUCUUUUUUGUUUGUUAUUAUAUACAGUAAAAUGGGACGUGGUAAAAAGAAAGUACAUCCAAAGACGCGCACCGCAGCUUUUAAGGCCAGCGAGCCGAGCGAAGUGGUUGAGGCGCCACAUUCCUUCAUCAUACACCGUGGUCUCUCUUGUCCGUAUAUAACAGAUCUAACUAUUGACGUGCGCCGUAUAAUGGAACCGUUCACAGCAACAAAUUUGCGCGAAAAAAAAAUGAAUCGCAUCAAGGACUUUGUUAGCUUGAGCAGUUUCUUUCACGUUUCUCACAUGGGCAUCUUUAACAAGGCUUCCACUCAACUAUCCUUUAAAGUGGUUCGCUUACCGCGUGGUCCGUCGCUUACCUUUAAAGUGCAUCAGUUUACUCUGGCUCGCGACGUCAUCUCAAGCAGCAAAAAGCAAAUGAUAGACGUGGAUCACUUUAAACAUGCUCCGCUUGUCAUCAUGAAUAACUUCAGUGGCGAUGGAAAACAUUUGAAACUGAUGGCGACAACUUUUCAAAACAUGUUUCCAUCCAUCAACCUGGCCCAGGUUAACAUCGACACCAUUCGUCGCUGUGUUCUCUUCUCGUACAAUUCGGAAACCAAACUGGUCGAAAUGCGUCACUAUUCGGUGCAAGUUGUGCCGGUGGGUUUAAAAAAAGCUGUCAAUAAGAUAGUCGUUGGUACUGUUCCGAAUCUAGGCAAAUGUAAUGAAGUCGCCGAUUUUGUUACUAGAGAUGGUUAUGCAUCCGAGUCUGAAGCUGAAGAUGAACAGUCGCAUGUUGUGUUAGCUCAAACAUUAAAAAGUAAAGGUAACUUAGAGGAUCACAAGAGCUCAGUUAAACUGCACGAAAUUGGACCUCGUUUGACAAUGCAGCUGAUUAAAAUCGAAGAGGGAUUACUAACCGGUGAAGUACUCUACCACGACAACGUCAUUAAAAGCGAGGAAGAAAAGGAAGUACUGCGAAAACUAAUCGAAAAGAAGCGCAAGUUGAAGGAGCAACGAAAAAAGCAGCAAACCGAAAACCGAGCUCGAAAUCUAAAACUAAAAAAGGAACAGAAAGAGCUGGGAGGAAUCAGAGGAGAAGGAUUUGAAGAAGACGCCGAUGAUGCAGCUGCUGCUGCGAGCGAUGUUGACGAUGAUGCUCAAUAUUACAAAGAUGAAGUUGGCGAGGAGCCUGACGAAGAGCUCUUCAAAAAUGAUAACAAUGGUUCGCGGAAAAGAUUCAAAUUGCCAGGCAGCAUAAAGUACAAGAAUAAGAGACCCAAAGUCGACCCAACUGACGCGAAAAAGAGCUCAAAGUCCAAGAAAAAUUAUAAAUAAAUGUUUUAAAUAGC